CACAGAAGCUGAUCUCGAAAACUCCACUAAGCUCGUCAACCAUGAAGUGCUUCGUCGUUAUCCUCCUUCUGGCCUUGUUCGCCGUAGCGUUCUGCCAAACGAACCCGGUCGAACCCGAAAAAUUGGAGCCAGAACCCGCACAGGAUGCCCCGAGGGACAAAAGAGGAACAUUCCUGGCCUACACUGCGCCGUAUACUUAUCCCUACUUGCCUUAUGCUUACUCCUACCGCACCAUCCCCUACUCCUACUACCCCUACUAUCUGUAAGCGACAAGAUGAGGACCUUCUGAGGAAUUUCUGACACCAAGACUUGGGAACGAUCAUGGCAACUCUUUUCGAAUCGAUUCCAAUUGCGACUAGAACAGGACAAGACCGAACGGUUGCACAAAAUUCUCUCCGAUGUCGACAAUCGCAUUCGUUGCAACUAUUUUUCGAU